AUGAAAGAGAACGUAUUCGAGGACAAUGUUGCGCAGUUAGCGCAUUGCGUUGGCCGCAAAUGCGCCAAUGUGCGCACUGAACGAGUAGACGGCAAGUUCGCUGAAAGUCUAUCGACGCGUCGACCCUGCAAUCACGCUAGUGGACCAUCCGGUGCUGGGCAAGCCUUUUUACCAGCUUCAUCCGUGUCAGACAGCCCAGCUGCUGGAGGAUGUUGCCUUGCAGGGCCCAGCGUCGCUCGAAUUUUGGUGGAAAUUCUACUCGUCGGUGCUGAUGUGAUCGGCAGAGAUAAAUAA